CCUUCGGCAAAAUGGCGGCGGCCGCUGGUGGUUGCGAGCUUCCCGUGCGGCUGCGGCUGCUUUUCGAUUACCCGCCCCCGGGAACUCCGGCCUGCGGGCUGUGCUGGCUGCUGCUCGAGCCCAGCCAAGUGCGCCUCGUCACCGACCUGAUCAGCCUCAUCCGGGAUAAGUUCGGCUUCAGCCGCCGCGCCAAGCUCAGCCUCUUCCUCGACGGGGCGCUCCUGCCGCCCACCGAGAGCGCGCGGCUCGUGCGAGAUAACGACUCCCUCCGUGUCAAAUUGGAAGAAGUUGUUGAAGAAGAGAGUUACAAUAAAGUCACCAAUGGUUUCAGUAACCUUUCAAAAAAGCAAAGAAAGCGACACUGGCAAAAGUUAGAAGCAAAAGAUUCUGAAAGCGAAGAUGAAGUGUAUAGAAAAAGAAAGAAGAGGAAAUGGAACUCUGAACAUCUUUCCAGUCAGGAUGACAAUACUACAAAUAUACAGGACUCUACAACAUUUAGGAAAAGGAAAAAAACAGUGACUAAGAAAGACUGUACUGCAGACGAUAAGAAUGAUGACAGUACUUUUCAUUCCAAAAAGCUUAAGAAACAGGUUGACAGGGAGAAAGAGCAGAAAGCAGAGAGAGACCAAAAAAAGAAGAAAACAAGGGCACUUGAAACAAAGAACACUUCACAAAAGGCAAAUAAGACAUUAACUCCCAGACAAAAAGGCACAACCAAAAACACAAUAGCAAGGUCCAGCACUAAGAAAGGUGGGACCUCAAGUGAAUCCUCAACUUCCUCAUCUGACAGUGACGAUAGUAUCGCAGGUACAAAACAAAAACUCACAAACACAACUAAGGUGGCUUCACAGCACAGUAACAAAUCACAGCUGGCUUCUCCUGUACAAUCUCUUUCUGCCAGUAAACUCGCUGCUAAAUGUAAAGACAAAAAUUCUCCUAAGAUAGUGAAGAGUAAAACGGCGAAGAGCCCGUCGUCUAGUUCAGAUUCUGAUUCUAGUUCAGGGGAAGAGGAGGAGCAGCAGAGCAGGAACUUGAAAAAUAAACUGCCAUGUAAUAACCAAGGCACUGUCACAGGGCUAACGUCAAAGGCCAAACCUAAAACUUCCUCGUCAGAAUCUGAUAGUUCACAAUCAGAGACUUGCACUAUUAAGAAGCCCAAGACAAAUCCCAUCGUUAGUCAGGCCUUAGAAGGGCCUGGUGGCAAACAACUGCCAGCUGCCACUGGUGGAUCAACUACAAAUUUCAGUGAUAGUCAUAGGGGUCGUGGGAGAGGAGAGAAUCUCUUUUGGAGAGGACCUAGGGUUCGUGGAUGUCGUGGGAUGAUCAGGGGCCGGGGAAGAGGCAGAGGAGAAAGUGCUAACUACUUCUAUACUUACAACAGUGAACACCCAAAACAGCAACAACUGAAUGAAGCAGCAACCAACAGUUCAGUUAUUAUCCAGAAUCCAUUAGAGGUGCCAAAGAAGGACUAUAGCAUACUACCUCUGUUGGCUGCCCCUCCACAAGUAGGAGAGAAAAUUGCCUUUAAGCUUUUGGAACUAACUGAAAACUAUACUCCUGAAGUGUCUGAUUAUAAGGAAGGGAAAAUUGUCAGUUGGAACCCUGCUAGCAAACAGCUGGAACUUGAAAUUCUUUCUUUUUCAUCAGUAGCGAAAGAGCCAGGAAAGUUUGAUCUGGUUUACCAGUCUGCCGACGGAGCUGAAACAAUAGAAUAUGCAGUAUCUCAAGAUAGAAAGAUAAUUCAAAGCUGGAAUGCGUUGAUUGAGCCAAGACUAAUAGUUGACCCUUCUAACAAUGAAUCAAGUACUAAAAAUGGAAACCCCUCUGAUGUGAACUUGCUUGUUCCAUGUGUAAAUAGCUUGUAAAGUGUUUUCCCUCUGUUUCUGAAGAGAGUAUAUGCACAUCAUUUUUUUUAAUAAAAGAAUUUUGGAAUUGAA